CAGAUUCAUGAUAGAAUAGAGUACUAAGCCACAUUUGAAAAGAAUAAGAGAGGACUGGGCCGUACCCCGACGAGCACCGAAACUAACACCAAAAAUAAAAAAUUUACAAUAACUAUAUUAGCUCUGGAUCCCGGGGAGGGUUGGGCCGGGGCCCGGGGGUGGCCCCCUAGAUCCUCCGCUGUUCCUAAACGAAAUGUACUAUUCCUUAUAAUCGAUAUCAUCCAACCUCUUGGUGGAUGAUAUCAUCACAUAUCAUGGACACCAUCCAACUCCUAAGUGGACAGUGAUCAUCCAAUAUUGAAUCAUAAAUUUAUGCUUAUUCAUCCCAUAUUGUUAUUUAUUCACAUAAUAUUGUUGGUUAUUCACACAACCUGAUAUUUAUUGACGGCUAUUGUUAUUUAUUCAUGUCGUAGUAAAAUCAUAUUUUAAAUCUUGAAAUAUAUCAAAAGGUCUAUUUUUUUAAGAUUAUGAUCAAUAUAACUCAUUUUUACAUAAUCUUUGAAAAUCCAAAUUUAAUUCCAUUAAAUAUUAAGCGGGAAAAAGAAAAAAAUUUGGAAUUCCAUUUACGUAAAUAACCAUACCUCUAACAUGAUUAAUUAAGUUUUAAAUUAUGUGAAUAAAUACCAAAUAACGUAAAUAAUUACAAAAUUGCAAGAAGUAUGUGUUAGUGAAAAAAUGCCACUCAAAUCAUCUCGAAAUUUGUAAGCUUACAAUGCGUGCUCACAUCAAUGGCACUACCUACCAUUGCCAUUGUCAAAUCAUGAGCCAACCCGAGAUGCUCUUAAGGAGCAUACGAUCGACUCACAAGUAGCAUCUAGUAAGCAAGUCGCCCUCUUUCUCCUCUGUUUCCUUUCCAGCUUUCCCUCCAAAGUGAAAAGAACAAGAAAACAGAGAGAGUGAAAGGAAGCUUCUUCCCGCCUUUCCUCCCAGACCAGGAACAAAUUUCAGUGCAAAUCUAAUUAUUUCUCUGGUUGGGAAACAAAGAAGAAAGCAAAUCGCUUUUUGCACCAAUUAAAACAUGUAUGUAUUUACAUGCCAGUAGUUCUCCCUUAUCUUGACCAGAUUGUUUUGCGUAUAAGAUUAAUCUGAAUCUGAACCUGAACCUGAAACAGCCGUCUCUCCCUUUUUCUUGUCAAUUAUUCACCUUCAUCAUCAGAAUCAUCUAAAAUGGCGAAAUUAUUGCUAAGUUUUUAUCUUUAGUUCCGUAUUACUUGCUAUCUGGGAAAUCGGUAGAGUAUAACUUGGAUCCAAACACCAAUUGACAAACCAAGUCCAAACGCUGAGUUGACCAUCUUCCUUUCUUCUUCUUUCCCUUCACAUCGCACUCCGUACUCUGCUUCCCCCCUUUCCCCAUUAAAGCAAAAGCCCCUUCCUUCCUUCCCCGAAUUAAAAAACAACAAAAUCCCCUGAACCUGAACCUGACCCUCCUCCACUUCGCUUCCACUAUAUAUCCCCAUCACAUACAGAAAACUGUUUUUUAAUUCAUCCGCCUGCUUCUGAUCCACCUCAAAGCUGUCAUCUUUAUCGUCUCCCACCUCUUUCCCCUCCAAUUCCUCUUCUGGGUCUUCUUCCUCCAGUUUUUUAUAAUCAUAUAUCUAUUCAUCUAUUUUGGAAUCUCUUGUUUCCCUGGUUUCCUUUCUGUCGUUACUCUUGCCUCAUCAUCUCUGAAUCUUUCUUCCCAUCAAAACCCACCUUCCCCCAAUUCAAUUCAACCCCUGACGACACCUUUCUUCUCCUCUUCUUCUUCCACUCGCUGAUCCAGAAUUUUGAUAAGCUAUCAGCAGCAGCUGGGUCUUAAAUGGGUCACUGCAUAAGCAAAGGCGGAAGAGGCGGCGAUGCUUUCCGCUACAACCAUAAUGAUAACAAUCAUCACAACAAUUACCAUCCCAAAUCUCGAGACCUACCUCCUGCUGAUUAUACCAAUCAUUCAUCCAAACCUCCUCCUCCUCCGCCGACCACCGGAGACUCUGCCGGCUGCCAUGUGAUUCCUCCACAAUCUCCACUCCGGACCCCAAAGAAGCCCGGUUUCCUCGCUCCGCCGAGCCCGAAGCCGGCCCGGCGACCCGAUACGAUCCUCGGGAAAGCCUAUGAGGACGUCAAGCUUCACUACACGAUCGGAAAAGAACUGGGUCGGGGCCAAUUUGGGGUUACUUACCUCUGCAUCGAGAAUUCCACCGGGAAGCAGUACGCCUGCAAGUCGAUUUCCAAGAGGAAGCUGGUCACGAAGAACGACAAGGAGGAUAUGAAGAGGGAGAUUCAGAUAAUGCAGCACCUUAGCGGGCAGCCCAAUAUCGUUGAGUUCAAGGGCGCGUACGAGGAUAAGCAGACGGUUCAUCUGGUCAUGGAGCUGUGUGCCGGCGGGGAGCUCUUCGAUCGGAUUAUUGCCAAGGGCCAUUACAGUGAGAAGGAAGCUGCUGGGAUUUGCAGGUCGAUUGUGAAUGUGGUGCAUAUUUGCCAUUUCAUGGGUGUGAUGCAUAGGGAUCUCAAGCCGGAGAAUUUCCUGCUCUCCAGUAAAGAUAACAACACUGCUCUCCUCAAGGCUACUGAUUUUGGCCUCUCCGUGUUCAUUGAAGAAGGGAAAGUGUAUCGGGAUAUCGUUGGGAGUGCGUAUUAUGUUGCUCCUGAGGUAUUGAGGCGCAAAUAUGGCAAGGAAAUAGAUAUAUGGAGUGCUGGGGUUAUACUCUAUAUCUUGCUCAGUGGUGUGCCUCCAUUUUGGGCAGAGAAUGAGAAGGGAAUCUUUGACGCCAUAUUGCAAGGUGACAUUGAUUUCGAAAGUCACCCCUGGCCGGUUAUCUCGAGUAGUGCAAAAGACCUGGUUCAGAAAAUGCUAACCCAGGAUCCUAAGAGACGAAUUACUGCUGCUCAAGUCCUUGAUCAUCCCUGGCUCAAGGAAGGUGGAGAAGCUUCAGAUAAGCCAAUAGACAGUGCAGUCCUUUCUAGGAUGAAGCAAUUCAGAGCAAUGAACAAGCUCAAGAAACUGGCUUUGAAGGUCAUCGCUGAAAACCUUUCUAAAGACGAAAUCCAAGGGCUGAAAUCAAUGUUUGCUAACAUUGAUACUGAUAAUAGUGGCACGAUCACCUAUGAAGAACUGAAGUCAGGGUUGGCUCGCCUUGGAUCGAAGCUCACAGAAGCUGAAGUGAAGCAGCUCAUGGAGGCUGCUGACGUUGAUGGAAACGGGACAAUCGAUUACAUUGAAUUCAUCACGGCUACCAUGCACAGACAUAGAUUAGAAAGAGAUGAACAUCUUUUCAAAGCCUUCCAAUACUUCGACAAGGACAGCAGUGGUUUUAUCACUAAAGAUGAGCUAGAGAUGGCCAUGAAGGACUACGGUAUAGCAGAUGAUGCAACAAUCAGAGAAAUCAUAGCUGAAGUAGAUACCGAUAAUGAUGGUAGAAUCAACUAUGAAGAGUUCUGUGCUAUGAUGAGAAGUGGAACACCUCAUCAGGCCAAGCUUUUCUAAAUCCACCAGUGCAGUGGCUGCCUUAUCAUUCUCCAUCUCCAUGUGAGUUUCUUCCAACCACAAUGGAUAUCAGGGCAGGGAGGUUUCAUCCUCAUUCAGGCACCUGAAUGAACGCAUAUAAACUUUGAAACACCUGAAAGCAUAGAACUUGAGACAGCCCUCCUCCCUCGUUUGAGAUACUUGCGAGGCUUUCAUUUGGGUUGUUUUGACAAGCAAGAAUCAUAAGCGAUGUGAAUAUAUAAGUCGAAUUUUUUCUAAAAGUAUCUGUUGUUACAGCAGGUUUGAGUUUGAUAAGAAAACAAGUUGUAAGAUUAGUAUUAAGUGAUCCUUUCUCCCAACUUGUAAGCGUAACGGUGAAAUGAGCACCAUGGCACUUGGUUCUUCUGAGAGAGCAUUUAUACUGCUGCAACUUUCCUCCCAAUACCAAUAUACGCUGCUGGCAAUGUGGACAGUCUUUCUUUUUUCCUUUUCUUAGAACCGGAAUACCCUCUGCAGUCUGCAGUUUGCAGACAUGAAUAACCAGAUAUGUACCCUUUGGAAUGAAUCUUAAACAAAGAA